CAGGCACAUUCUUUCUUCAACUGCUCUAACAACUCUACCAAAUGGAAAACUUUGCGCGGAAGAACCCACGCCACCAGUGGCCCUUUCGAGGGCUGGGUUCUUAGCAGCCCAGCUCCUGCAGAUGGUCAAAAAGAUCCCAAGUUCUGGGUCCCAGCACCCCUAGCCAGCCCACAAUUAGCCGUUACCUCCUUGCGCGUAAGGUCUCUCCCUGCACCGUUGCCCUGUGUUCCUUUCUUCUUUUUUGAUACACAGUUGCCCAGUGGUUGAUUCCACCUGCAGGCAGGCUCCUUCUUCCUCGAAUAUAAUGGCAGAUUUUGGUUUCUUAUCUGAUACAGAUGAGUCGGCUGUAGAAGAAGUCAUCUCCCAAGCACAAGACCUGUGCGUUCUGGAGCAGCUCUCUGCUAUCAACUGCUCUGCUUUCACCCACUCCGUCCUUCCGUCCGAUUUGGACUCCCGAUUCCGCCGACUCAAAUCCUGUCCUGUGCCUAUAACCCUCACAACUCAUCGAAGUCCAGACAAGGAUUGCCACUCUGAUUCCCAUGAUAGCCCACAACGGAAAUACUCUUUCAAACCCAAGCGGACACCCUCUUCACCUCCCUUUAUUUCAGAUUCCAGCCCCCAAAAUGCACUCUUCUCUCCUUCAGUACCCAAAAAUCACCUUUCAUCAAAUUCUCGCUCAUUUCCUUCUCCUUUGCCUCUGGAUUCUUCUCCACCCCAAAAAGCUGGGUGCUUUUGGUGUUCUCGCAAAAAGAUUUCUAAGAAAAACAAGGAAAAUAGGGUGCUGGGUACCGCCCUUGAUUCUGAUGAAUUCCUGUCCAAUUUGACUACUUUUUCAGUCAAAGAACAGCAAAGGAUGCUCAACAACGCAAUCAAGGAGCAAGACAAGAUUAGCCGGGAGGCAGAAAAGAUAGUUAAUUGGGCAAAGCAAGCAUCCGCAAGGAUGACCUUUCCUGGCACUGAAGAUGAGCUUAGUCACAGUGAUGAUGAGCCUGCAAAAUGACUAUACUUUUCAUUUUCAUUUUUCUCUGGAUAAGUGUAUUUUUCAUUUUAAUAUGGGCAAAGGGGGGACUGGAAUCCAAAGGUAUCAUGCACCAAUAGAUUGAGUUUAUUUUUCAUAUUCUCUUCUUGCUACUCCAAUCAUACACUUGUUUAGGUAUCUCUAGUUAUUCUAAUGAUGUUAGCUCAUGUUAUACUCUGUCAUCUUUUUCUGUUACAUGCUAAUUGCUAUACUAAGAUUUUUGUAAAUUGUUAUACUACUUCAAUAAGCAUUCUUUCGAUAAGCCAUGGUUUGGUGAGAUGGUGAUGGCUGUCAAGUAUGCAAGGUGCCAAAGGUCCACAUUCUACUUCAUGGUGGAAACCACAUUGUCUAAUCAUAUCCUGUAUGUCUUUGAAGGCUACUUAGGCAUUAGAUCAGCUGAGAUCAAUUAAAUUUUCCUGAGUGGCGAACCACUUAUUUUGGUCAAGCCUCCUCUUCACCUUUUUCCCCCUCCCUUUUUUUUUUUUUUUAUCAUCCUUUACAUUUAUAAAUGCUUUUAAGCAUAGACUAUCCAUAAGCAACGGCAUUAUAUUUGAGCUUAGCAUAUUAAUUAGGUCCUUUGGGGAUGUGGCCUUAAAAUUAACAUGGGUUGGAUGUACUAUUAAGGUAAAUGGUAUGUGGCAUAUCAUAUCUAACCCUUGAUGCUAAACCUUGUGUACUUUUUUGUAGAUAAAUUUUCAACUGAUGAAAUAAUCAACGAUUACCCAAACGUUGGAAAAGUGAAAACUCAUGGAUAUGGCUUCUCCCAGCCCUCUGGUUGUCACCUGCAAGAGUCAUUUCAGAUAGCUAUCCAACAAAUGGACAAGGCUGACUUUCGCAUCAAGUUUCAAUCAAGUAUUUGCUCUGGCAAUUGCCGGUGGCGUGACCAAGCAGGAAAUCUGCUGUUGCAAUUUGUUACCUGUGAGAUGAAUAGAUAUAGAUGCUAGAUAAUUCCCCAAAAAAGAGAAAGGAAGAUUGGAUAGGAUGCUAUAUAGUCUUUGUUGUCUUGGUGUUCCCUAGAGAAAAUGCAUAGAUUGCUUGAAAAGCGAAAGUAGUUUAUAGCAUAGAUUGCUUUGAGUAGGCUGAGUUAAUUAGCCUCUAAGAAGUAUGUGUGACAAUUAUUUUAUUUUGGCAUGCAAUAAUAGCAAAGUCAGUUGUCUUUUGUAGUUAAA